AAUUAGGACCUAGUCACACGUAGCGUAAAUCAACAGAGGCCCAACAGGAGUACAUGUAUCUGUAGUGGUUUUGAUGAUGCAAGGCAGACCAUUUCCACAAAUGAAAUGGAAAGUCUUUUGUGUAAUUCAAUUGAUACAUUUAAAUUGUGUCAAUAUGCAAAGCUUUGUUCCUGUGUUAUCUUGCCCUGAAACCAAGGAUGAGUGGACUCAAAGAAGCAAUGCUAAAAACUGCCAGGGAUCUACACCAGAUUAUCUGUGUGCUUCAAUACAGAACAAUCCAGGCAGCUUUGGGGAAAUUUGCACUGUGCUUGGUCUGGCUAAUCCUAGAACUUGUGCUGUACUGAGUAAAUCGACAUACAAUAUGGAUUUUGUUUCUUGUCGUGUAGCAAGUGGAUGUCCAGCAACACAUUACACACCAUCUGAAUUGUAUAACUACCCAGUGUGUUUCAAAAAUUUUUAUGGUGCAACUACACAGUCCUCCAUAACUACACAAGGUACAGCUGAAGUAACAUUGAUGAGGGAAGCUCCGAAGCCUGACAAUGAACGAUCUGGUACAAAUGUGGGGAUUGUUUUUGCUAUAGUGCUGAUUCUUCUAAUAGCCAUUGGUUUGGCUACUGUAUUUGUUCUGUAUCGCAAAAGGAAGUUGCCAGCCCAGAUGCAAAUGUUUUUGACGGAACGUAUUGAUGGAAGCAGAUUUUUACAUUGGUUUAGGAACGACACCAGAAGGAAUAGGAAUUUAGCAGAAAGAAGCAGAGAAGAGGGAGAAAUGAUGAUCUUAAAUAUACCAGAACAAGCGGUUCAUAUAGAGCAUGAACAAGAGAAGCAGCUAUUGAUGCUCCAAAGGCUCUUACCUCAAAUAUUAAAAACUAAACUGAGGGUGACUGAGUUACAAGAAAAUGUAAUUUUGUAUUCGAAAUCUUUAAAAGAACAUUUUAAUGAAGACCUUAUUAAAGAUCUGAAUGAUGUGAAGACUGAAGAUGAUUACGACAAUUUAGACAUGAAUUUAGUUUUUGCUCUGUUAACCAAUUUCUGUGAGGAUAUAAAACCACCAGGUAAAGGCUGGGGUUAUGAACCUCCUAAUGAUGACAACUCUGAAGAAGCGGACAUAGAAAGGAUUCAUUCAAUGUGGAAUCAAUACUGCGACAAUGCUCACCACUAUCCACAGUUGCAGGACGUGUAUAAUAGAAUGUUUGAAAAAUAUGGGGAAAUAAUGGAGAGAAGAUCAAGUGCAGAGAGAUCAUCAAGUAAAGAUGAAACGGUCGAAGACGUGAGAACAAAAUACCAAGUGUCGUUGCUAAAAAAGGACUGCACCAUUGAAAACGAAGUAGUAGUGACAGAAGGUAUAAACUCUGCUCUACAGAUAUUGAAGACAUCAAAUAUUGUAAUUUGUAAAGGGGCCAUCGGAUGUGGUAAAACAACAGCCAUGAGAUGCAUACAGAAACAGUUUAUAGAAAAGGAGUGGAAAGCAGUAUGGUUAGAGGAAUUUGUUAAUGACUUGGAUCUCAGAGAGGAAGACAUUGAAAAUACGUUGCUCUGUUGUGACAAUCUGUUUGGAACAUAUAGUUGUAAUAUAUUUCAAUCAGAAUCAGAAAGUCCAUUAGCAUUUCAGGGUAUUAUUAGAAAAAAGAGGGAAAUCUUUGGUGAUCAUUUGAAAAUCAUGCUAGGUAUACAUAAUCAUGUUUACGAUAUGGUUAUAAAGGAGUAUGCAUUGGAGUUAUUCCAAAACAAAAACACGUUUAUAGAUAUGGAUAAGCAUACACAAGCAGAAUUAUUGUUGAUUUGGAAAGAAGAACGGAAAAUAAGCCAUUGUGUUUGUGAUCCAAAUUGUUCGUUCAACACAUUGGAUUUUUUAUCUGUGUCAGAAAAAUUAUCCUUUAGUCAAGGACUUGUUGGAAAUCCACUUUUACUUUCAAUGUACUGCCACAAUCACUAUUUCUUCUUUAAUGAUAAUUUUACAAAAUCACCAGUAUCAACUCUUGUUAAUUAUUUUAGCACCAUGGAAAAAGAAAAUACAGAACUUUUCUAUACACUUGCAUAUGUUAUGUAUGUUACUGCGUGCAAAAAAGACAAUGCUAUUGAAACUUGGGCAUGUACAAUGAAUGUGAGUUUAACAUAUGAUAAUAUUCAAAUGAUAGUUAAGAAAUAUCCAGGGUACUUUUACGUAGAUGAGAAUACCAUAGAACUCAGACAUGAACUGUUAAAUAUAACGCUUUUUAAAGUUGCAAUAGAAGUUAAACGUGUGCGAAGUUCACUUGUUAAUUGGUGUGAAACACACAUUAUUCUCCAGUUAGCAAGACCGGAAGAAAAAUGUGACAAUGAAUUCGUCAGUAGAUUUUCAUUAUUUGAAGACGAAGAGAGAGCGAAGUUAUUAAAAAGAAUUGGAAAGACAAAAGGAAAAAAGCAUUCAAAAACCAAAAAGUAAUAUUAUAAUUGAAUAUCUUUAAAAACUAUCUUUUGAAGUAUUUUGACUCAAAAAAACCCUUGAAACUUUAGAUAAAAGUGUACAGAAAGACCCUUUAGCAAAGGGAUACAAAUGAGUGAUCAGGUUGAAGUUUUGGAGCAGGUCUAUUUCCAAGUAAAUAUAAGCCUACCUGGGCCAAUCUUGCAUGGAUGAUGCAUCUAGGGAUGGAUACUGCCAUACUAGCUUCGGAUGCUGGAUCUGACCUUUAUUUUCCAGAUGAGUGCUGACCAGGCUAAUUAAAAGUUUUUGGAGCACGUCCAUUCCCAAGUAACUAUAAGCCCUACCUGGACCAAACGUGCAUGGAUGAUGCAUCUAGGGAUGGACACUACCAGAUUCGUUUCGGAUGCUGGAUCUAAUCUACAAUUUUCAAAUAAGUGACCAAGCUUAUGUUUUUGGAGUAUCUCUGUAAUUUUAUGGCCUGUUAUGAUUUAACUUGCAUCUAGAGAUUGAUAAUUGCAGACUUGCUUUGGAUAUAGAAGAAAAGACAUUCUCUUGAUUAUUGAUUUUAGAACAGGUCAACUUUCAAUGAAUUAUAAGACCUACUUAAACAGAACUUGCAGGAAUAUUGUUAUCAAGAUGCAUACUAACUAUAAAGAAAAUAUAAUGUGAGAUUUGCAUUAUUUAAACUGAAAACAUUCGUCGAGGUGAGCUUCGUAAUCUUUGAUUACCUAUGUUUUUUUUUAGUUUGGAUAAUUAUGUUAGUGUAAGGGAUGUCUAGAAUGUAUAUUAUAACUGAAACUAAUUUCAUUACACUGUGUAUUGUAUCAAUGCCUUAAUAAAACUAAUGCACAAAUAACUUUACU